AUGAUCAGUGUUCAGCCAGCUUAUAAGAAGAGGCAGUACGAUUUCUUAUGGAUGUUCCUGGGUCUAGUAAAGCUAGGAAAUAUAGUAUUAAUAGUACUGGAUUUAGCCCUGUUGGUCUUCAAUGCUCAGACUUUUCAAGCCCUACUGGCCAUUUUCAUUGCUCAUUCGAUAGUACUGUUUCCAAGUGCUCUUUUUCACUUGGUCCCAAGCUUAAAAAGAAAUUCAUGAUACAGAAUAUUGGCCUUUGCAAUCGGAAUCUUUGGGAUUAUAGCUGUGGUAAUAAACUAUAUCCUGAUAAUAACUUCAGAAGGUAGUAAGGCCUUAGUGUACUUGUUCUUUAUGAUUAUCCUGACCUUACCAGGAGCACUUAUCUCAGGAAGUUUAAUCAUCCUCUUAUACCUAGAAGCACCCCAGACGCCAGAGGUAGUAAUCCUAGUCCCAACAGAGCACAUAGGUCUUCACAAUGUGAUGAUAUAA